UCUGUGCUCAGCCAAUCAGCACAUAAUAUCACCAGAGCUUAGCCAAUCAGCACAUAGUAUCCAUCGGCGCUCCAGCUGCGCUGCUUUCUGUCCUGAUGCCUAAGAGCAGUAAGGUGACCCAGCGAGCGCCAGGUGAUGUGGUCACUGCGUCGGUCGCUGACCUGCUGGCCCACGAGCAGCCGCCGGACUAUAAGAGCAGUUCUCUGAGUGUCAGUGGACCCCCGGGGUCAAAGGUCGGAGAGGACAGUCCGGAGAACGACGGCCGGCCAGCUUGGAACAGCAAGCUGGAGUACAUCCUGGCCCAGGUGGGCUUCUCCGUCGGCCUCGGCAACGUGUGGCGCUUCCCCUAUCUGUGCCAGAAGAACGGGGGCGGUGCGUAUCUGGUGCCAUACUUCAUCCUCCUCAUCCUCAUUGGAAUUCCGCUGUUUUUCCUGGAGCUGGCGGUUGGACAGAAGAUCCGGCGUGGCAGCAUCGGAGUCUGGAAUUAUGUCUGUCCCCGACUGGGAGGAAUCGGAGUGUCCAGCCUGAUGGUCUGUGGCUUUGUGGGUUUGUAUUAUAACGUCAUCAUUGGCUGGAGCAUCUUCUACUUCUUCCAGUCCUUCCAGUUCCCCCUGCCCUGGAGCAGCUGUCCAAUCAGGAGGAACGGCUCACAGGCCAUCGUGGAGCCGGAGUGCGAUAAAAGCUCAGCUACGACGUUUUUCUGGUACCGAGAGACUUUGAACAUCACGAGUACGAUCGCAGACAGUGGAGGGCUGAACUGGAAGAUGACUGUGUCCCUGCUGGCCGCCUGGUUCAUUGUGUGUUUGGCCGUCAUUAAGGGCAUCCAGUCCUCAGGCAAGGUGAUGUACUUCAGCUCCUUGUUUCCGUACGUGGUUCUGUUCUGUUUCCUGGUGAGGGGGGUGUUUCUGAGGGGAGCGGUGGACGGCAUCGCCCACAUGUUCACGCCUAAGUUGGAGAUCAUGCUGGAACCUCAGGUGUGGCGGGAGGCGGCUACGCAGGUGUUCUUCGCUUUGGGUUUGGGCUUUGGCGGAGUCAUCGCCUUCUCCAGCUACAACAAGAGCGACAACAACUGCCACUUUGAUGCGGUUCUGGUGUCCAUCAUCAACUUCAUCACCUCCAUCCUGGCCACACUCGUGGUGUUCGCCGUGCUGGGCUUCAAGGCCAACGUCCUCAAUGAGAAAUGUGUUGUAGAGAAUGCGGAGAGGAUUGUGGGAUAUUUAGACUCUGGAGUGCUGAGUCAUGAUCUGAUUCCUCCUCACGUCAACUUCUCUCAUCUGAGCGCUGAAGAUUACGCCCAGAUUCUCACGGUGAUAAAGGCGGUGAAGGAGAGCAGCUUCAGGCAGCUGGGGCUGCAGUCGUGUGUCCUGGAGGACGAACUUAACAAGGCUGUGCAGGGUACAGGUUUGGCCUUCAUUGCCUUCACUGAAGCGAUGACCCAUUUCCCUGCAGCUCCGUUCUGGUCAGUAAUGUUCUUCUUCAUGCUCAUUAAUUUGGGUCUGGGCAGCAUGAUUGGCACCAUGACCGGCAUCACCACCCCCAUACUGGACACCUUCAAAAUACGCAAGGAGGUCCUAACAGUGGUCUGCUGUAUCAUAGCGUUUCUCUGCGGUCUGCUGUUUGUUCAGCGCUCUGGGAAUUAUUUUGUGACGAUGUUUGAUGAUUAUUCUGCUGGCCUGCCGCUGACUGUCGUGGUCUUCCUGGAGAACGUGUCUGUAGCCUGGAUUUACGGAACCAAGAGGUUCAUGCAGGAUCUGGAGGACAUGCUGGGCUUCAGGCCGUACAGGUUCUACUUCUACAUGUGGAAAUACGUCUCUCCCAUCUGCCUCCUCAUCCUCAUCUCCGCCACCGUCAUAGAAAUGACCGUUAGUUCACCAGGAUACAAUGCCUGGGUACAGGAACUGGCUGAGGAGCGAUUUCAGAGUUAUCCUCCGUGGGCCACUGUGAUGUGUUUUGCGCUGGUCAUCGUGGCAAUGCUGCCCCUGCCCGCGGUUUUCAUCGCCCGUCACUUUAACCUGCUGUCCGACGGCUCCAACAAACUGUCCGUCUCCUACCGCAAGGGCUGCAUGAUGAAGGACAUGUCCAACCUGGAGGAGCAGGACGAGACCCGCUUCAUCCUCAACAAGAACCUGACCGGAUCACCCUCACCCCCCCAGCGCCCCUACCGCCCCCCCCGCGGCCUGGCUGCCGACAAGCCCCCUGCUGACCCCAACCUGCUCUCACCCAGUAGCUGUUACCAGACCGGCUACCAGAACGCCACCUCACCUGAAUCUGACUGACCAUUAGAGACACACACCUGAAUCUGACUGACCAUUAGAGACACACACCUGAAUCUGACUGACCGUUACAGACACACACCUGAAUCUGACUGACCAUUAGAGACACACACCUGAAUCUGACUGACUGUUACAGACACACCUGAAUCUGACUGACCGUUAGAGACACACACCUGAAUCUGACUGAUUGUUACACACACCUGAAUCUGACUGACCGUUAGAGACACACACCUGAAUCUGACUGACCGUUACAGACACACCUGAAUCUGACUGACCGUUACAGAAACACACCUGAAUCUGACUGACCGUUACAGAAACACACCUGAAUCUGACUGACCUUUACAGAAACACACCUGAAUCUGACUGACCGUUACAGAAACACACCUGAAUCUGACUGAUUGUUAGACACACACCUGAAUCUGACUGACCGUUACAGACACACAUCUGAAUCUGACUGACCUUUACAGAAACACACCUGAAUCUGACUGACCGUUACAGAAACACACCUGAAUCUGACUGACCGUUAGAGACACACACCUGAAUCUGACUGACCGUUACAGACACACACCUGAAUCUGACUGACCUUUACAGAAACACACCUGAAUCUGACUGACCGUUACAGAAACACACCUGAAUCUGACUGAUUGUUACAGACACACACCUGAAUCUGACUGACCGUUACAGAAACACACCUGAAUCUGACUGACCAUUAGAGACACACACCUGAAUCUGACUGAUUGUUACAGACACACACCUGAAUCUGACUGACCAUUAGAGACACACACCUGAAUCUGACUGACCGUUACAGAAACACAACUGAAUCUGACUGACCGUUACAGACACACCUGAGUCUGACUGACCGUUACAGACACACAGCUGAAUCUGACUGACCGUUACAGACACACAGCUGAAUCUGUUAUAGAUACACUUCUUGCUGCCCUCUCAUCUGACCAGCACACACAAUAUGAAGAUGUUUUAAAUGAGCUCCAUCACUAAAAAGGACAUUAGAUUAGACAG